UGAUCAAAGGCACGAUAACGACCAAAGGGCGUCUGGACGACUGGGCAAGCCGAUACAUUAUCAUAUAGACGGCAAGCGAACUCGACUUUUCGAACACAUCUCUUUUUCUAUCGUCACUAUCUAACGAAAACACCGCCUACUCGAGCCACUCAUUCGUCCUAUGGACAUUACUUUUCUUGGGUUAAGACUUCUUUUUUGGUUUGUGACGGUCUUUUCUUGCAUAGAAAUGACUCAUUCGCAUUGUAUGCGCCCUUUCUAUGGCGAGACGAAGCUGUUUCUCUACCGGGAUCAUUCAUCUUCUCAGUCACUUACAGCACAGUUUCAUGGGGAUCCGGCGCUACUAUUAAGAAAUGGGGGCGUUUAUCAUCAUUCUCUUGAUUCCUCGUUCUUUGUCAAUUACCUCUUUUUUUUUGUGUUUGUCUUCCAAAGAUUCGGGUUUGCCGUUCCUUUUUUUGUUUUUUGUUUUUGGGUGUGAUUCCCCCCGUGCGCAAUAGAGGUGGAUGUGGGAAACUUGUGGCAUUGGGUGUGCGCCUUAUGAUGGGUAGAGUUGCUGAUUUGAGUAACUAGUGUUGUG